UUGGCGAUAUGGCGGCCAGUGAGUCUAUGUUCGUGAGGACAGUUCUGUCCAGUAACUACCACUUUAAAUCAGAUGAUUCCAGUUUGGCUUUACCGUCUGACGACAGAUUAGGCGGUCCGGAGGGAUAUGACGGGAAACAGCGGCUAAAUCGAGUGGAACAGCAAGUGCAGCAGUUGACUUUGGCUCGGAAAGGAAAGCGGGCCACAAUAAAAGGCAGCCUGUCUAGCAGUCAUCUAACUAGUUCUGCACCUUUGAGAAAUGGAUCCACAAAGCUUUUUUCAUUUUACGACCAGAAUGAGACAUCAGGACAGAAUAGAUCUGUGAGGAGGGUGGAUGUUUCUCAUUGGAUGAGCCCAAGCAUUGCUCCGGUUAAUGGGAGUUACGCAAUGUCCAGGUACGGUUCAGCGGGAAGUGGCUAUGCCUGGGGAUCUGCAGGUUUUACCCUCCCCAUCAUGCGAUCGGUGUCAUCAGCCGAUCGUCUCCACAGAACCAUACAUCAUCAGAACUCUGCCUGGUCUGAGGUUCCCCGAAACACUCAGACAUUUGUUCCAGGCUAUUACACCACACGGCAGCUCCCCAGCAGGGCAGUCUAUGAGGACAAUGGUGAUGAUGUGUUCUUACCUGAAAGUGUACAUAUCAACCCUCUAAGAUCAGAGCAUCAGAUGAUGGCGUGGGAGAAACAGACGGUCCCUAAAGCUUACAGUCAGCAAGAAGAGGUGGUGUGGGGAAUGCCAAACAUGUCUCUGGUUCGGGACAUUAGAGAGAGGCAAGGGAUAUCGAGAAUGCAACCUUCCCAGGCAUCUUCUCUGAUCAGCAUGCACAUAAACAGUGUGACAGAGGGCAAAGAGCAAGAAUCAGCAGGUGAUGCUGUAAAAAGGGGAAGGCAAGGAGCACCGAUGACUCUGAGGAUGGCUGUUAAUCACCUUUCUGAAAAUAACACAGAAAAGCAGCUCACAGCUGCAAACUUUAUACAAAACCAAUGCUUUAGCAGUGCAGAGGCUAAGAAAAUGAUGUUUUUGCUGCAAGGAGUCCCAAAGCUGUUAAAACUCCUGGACUCAGACAGUGAAGAAGUGCAGCGAGCUGCUGCAGGCGCACUGAGAAAUGUCCUCUAUGAAAACAACGAGAACAAAAUGGAAGUAAAAGACAGAGACGGUAUUGCUGUGGUUCUGCGUGUGCUCAAGAGGAACCGUGACAUAGAAACUCGAAGACAGCUCACAGGGUUGCUGUGGAACUUGUCCUCUCAUGACAUGCUAAAAGAGCAGCUGUGUAGAGAAGCUGUACAACCACUCACCAAUAAUGUUCUUGUGCCCUGCUCGGGUAUCUCAGAGGGUGAGGAUCCCAAACUGGAGCUGCUUGCUGAUACUGAAGUCUUUCUCAAUGCUACAGGCUGCUUAAGAAACGUGAGUUCAGCCGGGCCAAAUGGACGUAAAUCUAUGAGAGACUGCGAUGGUCUUAUCGACUCUCUUGUGUAUUAUGUCCGCGGGACCAUAGCAGAUUAUAAACCUGAUGACAAGGCCUUGGAAAACUGUGUGUGCAUCCUGCAUAACCUCACCUAUCAAUUUGAGUCGGAGCUUCCACCAACAUCCAGACCUCUACUGCAGGAGUCCAGACAGAGUGCUGCUGUUGAGACUCAGAGACCUGGAUGCUUGAUUAUAAGGGGCAACAAACUUUCUGAGACGGACAAGGAUUUGGAGUCAAGCUGCCCUAUGUUGGAGGAAAAUGGUAAUCCCUAUGGUGUGCAGUGGCUAUGGAGUCCCAUUACCAUCCGCAUGUACCUGUCACUUCUUGCAACUAGCAGUCGUCAGCUCACGCAUGAGGCAUCUAUAGGAGCCAUGCAGAACUUGACCGCCGGAACUGGAGGAAUGUCACAAGCUAUGUCAAACACCAUAGUGAAGAGAGAGGAAGGUCUGCUGCAGGUGAAGAAGAUGCUGGGGGAUGGUGAGGAAGAAGUAAAGAGAGCCUCUGUGGGUCUUCUUAAAAACAUAUCUCGCUACAGGGAACUCCACGCAGACAUCAUUAAGCAUGUGUUGCCAGAGCUGGUUGUCCUGCUUUCUGCGUCAGACACAAACAUACCACAGCAUGCAGAAGUCACAUCAGUCUGUACUAUACUCAACAACCUGAGCCAGGAAUCUGUACAGAAUGCCCGUACUGUUCUCAACCAAGGAGUGCUGCCCAAGAUCAUCAAGAUCAGCAGCAAAGACAGGUAUGGACCCACAAGGACUGGUCAGUCUGCUAGUGUUUUGCUGCACACUUUGUGGAGAUACUCUGAGCUUCAUGGUAGCUAUAAGAAGGCUGGUUAUAGGAAGACUGACUUCAUCAACAACAGGACUGUGAAAGCAGUGAAUUCUGCUCGCAAUUGAGCUCAGGUGAAAAGGAGAUACAAAGAAAAACAAGCACUGUUUCAAGGGACUGUCUUGUUUUCUUUUUAUUGUAAGGUGUCAUAUGGUGUGUUAUAUUUUUAAAUCUGUCAUUUCACAUUAGGUAACAGAGACCUAUACUGUACUUAGGUGUCAAAUUUGUUACCCUUCUCAGCCCGGGACCAAUUGUACCAUAACAGGCUGUGUAGGUGGAGCGUGAAAUGGUGCAGACAGAAAACACAAGUACUAUAAUUAAAACCCAACUGCAAUAGAUUUUAUUUACUUGAGUUGUGUGAGCUUGGCAACCCUUCCAAAAUGUUCACAGUUGCCGGCCACAUCCUUUCAGAUGCCAGUGGCAGAGAGCUGUACCACUUCAUACAGAGACGUUAUAAAUUCUCCAAAUACCCAACCACUAGUGUCGGCACCUCGCCCCAACAGCAGAGGAAUGAAGCCCGGUCGAAAUCUCUCCAUCAGGCAUAACCUACUGUGUCUGUUUGGAUAACUGGCCAAGUCAAUAGCUCUACUUGAGACACACACUUGAGAGCUUGAGAUCUAAGUGGUGUUGGGAUAGGACCACUCGUCUGCUUUUGGUCGGCUGAUGAGGCGCAAGUUCUUAUCAGAGUGUCAUCAGAAAAGGAAGUGCAAUAAGGUCUCAAGUCUAGAAAUUAAAAUGAAGAUGCUUUCAAAACAGAAUGCAAUUCAUGGGGUACCUGAGCUUAGUAAAGUGGUGUCGAGGAAAAAGAAAUGUUAAUAGGGCUACGAAAAAGGGCCUUACCUUCAGUGAACUUUUUGAAAGUUUUAGUGGAAUCUACAUCAACAACUAAUUUGAAAUCUUUCGUAGUCGCCAUCCAUUGACCUUUGCUUUUUUGUGGUUGGCAAAUCAAAUGUGUCCAUUUUCAAAUACCCAACAUAGGCUAUAUGCCAAUAGCCUAUUACUUUUCCUGUCCCAUCAUGUGUGAUUCUUUUUAACUCUUCUCAAUUAUAUGCAACAUGACCCCUCUAGUCUAUCUAACUCAGCCCCCUGGUUAAGAACCACUGCCGUGGAAAAAGGGCAUAUUAUAAAAAUUGCAUUUUCAUGCAAUUGUCUGAAUCUGAAAUGCUCUGACUGUUAAAGAAAAAGUUGGGUCUUUUGUACUUUUGUAUCUUACUAGUGAAAAAUGCCUUUGCUGUAGCAUGAUGGUUUGUGUUCCAAGAAAAGCACUUUUUUGUAAAAAGGCUGUUUUGUAGACUGUUCUGAUGUACUUUUUUGACUUUUUGGCAGUCACAACCAAUAAUCAAAGAUAUUUAAGUUCUAGAUGAGUGUAUCUCUCAUGUAUGCACUUUUAACACUAGAGAUGCAGUCAGUCAUGUGUCAUAAAUUUUCUUUAUGGAAAUGAGCAGCUAUAUUUACAUGUAUCUUAGUAGUCUAAUUGAUGUCUUAGUCAGAAAAUAUGUAUCAAAUUUUUAUUCCACCAAAAAAGGUUAAAAAAUCUUAAUAUUUCAUUAAAUAGAGAAAAUAUUACCUUUGUUAAGAGUGGCAGAUAUGGUCUACAUUUAACUUGUCUCUUCUUUUGUUAAACAAUAUCUUCCAUUUUUGCAUGCAAAGACUGAGCCUUACGUGGAUCCAUCCUCACUGAGAAAUGUUCCAAAACGGUCAGCCAAAACAUUAAAAGCUAUUGUAAGGAAAAUUGAUAAAUCACAUAAUGUAUAUACGUUUGGUUUGGAUUACAUAGGUUUAGAGUCUAGCACUGUAAUUAAUUUAUAAUCCCUGAAUGUAAAAUGAAAUGAGGUGUGUUGACAAAAAAUGUAUAAGAAAUGCAUUGUUUUAUCUGUAUAUUAAAGAAUACAAUGUUUUUUUCAUAGAAAGCUAAAACACUAUUGAAUUUGGAGGUAUAUUAGGGUUUUUGUGUGUGUGUGUGUGUGUGUUUUUUAAAAUUUUCUCUA